UGCUGUUCUCCCGAUUGGUUUCAGCUGGCAGCAUCCAGUCAGCCCAUGCAUGGACCGGAGAGACUAAAACCGUCCAGACAAACAGACUGGCAGACAGACUAGGUUCAAGUUCCAGUCUUGUCUUGUCUUGGAGUCAAAUCGGGCAAUGCUGGCAGUCCCCACCUGCUGCUGCUGUUGCUGCUAUACUCAAUCCCUCGCCUUGACUUCAUUUCCCCUCUUCGUUCCUCGAACCCCUCCAUCCGAUCGACUCGUUGCUGGCAUUCAAAUAGCCUCGUGUUUCCCCUCGACAAUGUUCUUGCCUUCAUCUCAUCUCAUCUGCUCUUCAUCUCUCCCACACUUCCACAGAUAACCCACCUGAUCUCUUCCUCGUUUCCCUCUAUACCCUUUCAUCAUCCUCAUACCACACAUCAAGCACUAUGGCUGCCAACCUCCCCAAGACCAUGAAGGCCCUCCGUUACGAGGAGCCCUUGAAGCACGGCAUUGCCGAGGUUCCCCUUCCCACUAUCCGUGACAACGAUGUCUUGAUCAAGGUCAAGGCUUGCGGUGUCUGCGGUACCGAUUUGCACAUUCACGAGGGUGAAUUCAUUGCCAAGUUCCCUCUCGUUCCCGGUCACGAGACGGUCGGUGUUGUCGCUGCCGUCGGCUCCAAGGUCAAGGGCUUCGAGAUUGGUGAGCGUGUGGUGGCCGACAACUCCGAGCUGUGCGGCGAGUGCUUCUACUGCCGUCGGGGUGAUGAGUUGUUCUGCGAGAACUUCCAGGCUCACGGUGUCACCAUGAACGGUGGCUUUGCCGAAUACUGCGCCUACCCUGCUGGCAGGGUGUUCAAGAUUAAGAACCUCUCGGAUGUGGACGCCACUCUCCUGGAGCCCGCUUCCUGCGCCGCUCACGGUCUCGACAAGAUCGCCCCGAAGAUGGGCUCGUCGGUUCUGUUGUUCGGUGCCGGUCCCACUGGUCUGAUCCUGGCUCAGUUGCUCCGUCAAUGCGGUGGCUGCCGUGUCGUCGUUGCUGCCCCCGAGGGUCUCAAGAUGGACCUGGCUAAGUCCCUCGAUGCCGGUGAUGAGUACGUUGCUCUCUCCCGCAGCGACCCCAGCGCACAGUUCCAGAAGCUCAAGGACGAGAAUCCCUAUGGCUUCGACAUUGUCGUCGAGGCUACUGGUAGCGUCAAGAUCCUGGAGGACUCGAUCAACUAUGUCCGCCGUGGUGGUAAGCUUGUCGUGUACGGUGUGUACUCCGGCAAGGACCGUGUCUCUUGGCCCCCUAGCAAGAUCUUCGGCGACGAGAUCACCAUCCUGGGUAGCUUCUCCGAGGUGUACAAGUUCCCCGCUGCCAUUGACUACUUGGACUCUGGCAAGGUCAAGGUCAAGGGCAUUGUCAACAAGGUGUUCAAGAUUGAGGAGUGGGAGAAGUGCUUGGAGAGCAUGAAGAACAAGUCUGCCAUCAAGGCGGCCAUCACUUUUGAUUAGAUUAGCAUAGCUGGCUGUGCUUUCUAGGUAAUGACUGACGAAUAAAU